AUGACCAGUUUCAAAGCCCAGCUGCUAUGGGACAACAUCAUGAGGCAGGACCUCUCUGCUGUCCACAGCAUGCUUGAGAGUGGGCACAUCAACCUGGAGGAAAGAGAUGCGAAUGGUUGCACAUUUUUGAUGGUUGCAAGUGAACAAGGGGCACUAAGUAUUGUCAGAGAGCUGCUACAGGCUGGAGUUGACCCAAAUGCUGUUGAUAAUGACAACUGGAAUGCUUUACUGUGUGCCAGCAAGGAGGGACAUUUGGAGGUGGUCAUGGAACUCUUGGAUAGGAGUGUGGACAUUGAGCAUGCAGACAUGUGUGGAUGGACACCAUUGAUGUGGGCUUGCUAUAAAGGACACACCUAUGUUGCCGGUGAGCUGUUGGACAGGGGGGCUAAUCCAAAUGUCAAAGCUGACCACAACAUGACAUGUCUGGCUUGGGCUGCGGGAAGAGGACACACAGAAAUCGUAAAGAUGCUUAUUGAUAAGGGUGCAAAGGUCAACAUGCCUGAUAAGUAUGGGACUACACCCCUCAUCUGGGCAUGCAGAAAAGGUCACACGGAAAUAGUGGAUGCUCUCAUUGGGGAGGGGGCCAACGUCGAUGUGGCAGGAAUGAAUUCAUGGACACCAUUGCUGGUGGCCACAAAGGGAGGCCACUUUGAUUGUGUACGAUCUGUUCUUAGCCAGGACCCAAAUGUUAAUGCCACAGACAAAGAUGGUUUGACAUCUUUAGCAAUUGCAGCAAGGGAAGGCUACUUUGAGAUUGUGAAUGAUCUUCUGAGCAAGGGAGCCUAUGUCAAUUUAGCUGACAAAAAUGGUGACACGAUUUUAAUUCAUGCUGUAAAGGGUGGUCAUGUGGACAUUGUGAGGGCUUUGUUGAAGAAGUAUGUGGAUGUUGAUGUGCCUGGACAGGAUGGGAAGACAGCCUUAUACACAGCAGUUGAGAAGGGCUACACAGAGAUUGUCCGACUUCUGCUUCAGAGUAACCCAGACCUGGAGCUCGCCACAAAGGAUGAUGAUACUCCUCUACUGAGAGCAGUCCGCAUGAGGAAUGAAGAAUGUGUGCGGUUGUUACUGGAGAAAGGAGCUAAAGUGUCAGCAAGUGAUAAGAGAGGGGACACAGCCUUGCAUAUCGCAAUCCGUGCCAGAAGCAAACGGAUCACAGAGCUCUUGCUUCGGAAUCCCAGACACAGUCGCCUGUUGUACAGACUGAAUAAAGCGGGAGAGUCUCCGUACAGUAUGGAUACUUAUCACCAACGGGGCAUUCUCCCGCAGAUCUACGGGCAUGGUAACCUCAACGCCACCGAUGCAGAAAACCUGCUGGGAUAUGAUAUUUACAGUUCGGCUCUUGCAGACAUUCUCAGUGAACCCUGUCUGAUAACACCGAUAACUAUGGGCCUGUAUGCCAAGUGGGGUAGUGGAAAGUCAUUCCUGCUGGACAAACUAAGAGUGGAGAUGAACUCCUUCACGCAGCAGAACAUCCAGGCAGAGCUGGCAUUCUCAUGGCUGCUGGCCAUCCUUCUGGUGCUGAUGAACUCCGUGAUUGGUGAGGCCAUGGGACUGGCAUUGAGCUGGCAGAUCGGCUUAGGGAUUGGGCUUGGUUUGUUGCCUGUGGAGUAUGGAUUUAUAGGUAUGAUUAUCUUCAUCACCGCGAAGUACGAUUUUGCAGCCAUUAACCGAAUUAGUGCAACCCUGGGCAGGAGGCAGAAGUUACUUACACUACUUCUGAAAAUGCUUUUCUGUAUACCAAAACAUAAGCAGUUGGCGGAUAAGCAGUCUGCAGCUACAUUCUCUGUCAGAUUUCUAUUCUCAGAUUGCACUCGCCUAACUAGUGUUGGAGGUGAAAAAUCUCUGGCGGCUAUGAUUGGAACUCUCUGUGAUGCCGUUGAGAGGGAGUAUGGGAUAUUGAUAGCCAGACUUUUUAGAGUGUUCAAGCCACACCAUGGCAAAACCAGAAACACCCCCUUCAAAUCAGUUUGCUGUAUACCAUAUUUUUUCAUCGUCCUCCUCCUGCUUGCUGGCACUCAAGUGGGCGUUGGUUUGGCCAUUGGCUACGGCCUGGAGGAGAGCAUGGUUGUGGAUGGGGUGUUGAUUGCUUUGGCCAGCAUUGUGGGUCUGGCUGUGGUGGCCAAUAUGUACACCUGGGGUCAAGCUUUGAUGGCGCUAGUGUUCUCCCAGAGAAGACGGGUGACCAGGUCGGCAGAGCAUAUUGAUGAUCUCAAGAUGGACGGGUUCAUGCAGCAUCUGAAAAGAGAGGUGGAUCUUAUGAGCAAGAUGGUGAACUGUAUGGAUAGCUUCACACAAGAUCAGACCAGACUAGUCGUCAUUGUCGAUGGACUGGACAGCUGUGAGCAGGACAAGGUGCUGCAAGUUCUUGAUACGGUGAAGUCUCUGUUUUCUGAUGACGGGGCCCCUUUUAUCACAAUCCUUGCUGUGGAUCCCCACAUAAUUAUCAAAGGCAUAGAACAGAAUCUGCGGACUUCUUUCCAGGACACAAAUGUCAACGGGUUCGAUUACCUGAGAAAUGUGGUUCACCUGCCUUUCUACCUGCAGUCUCAAGGUAUGCGUAUCCAGCAGGCGGAGCCACCGCCAAAUCUUCAUGAGACCGGAGAUGCUUCUCCUGCCAAGACUCAGAGGCAAGACUCAGUUCUUACAAGUGUGAGCAGUGAUACAAGACAGGGCCGGAAAGCCUCCAGAACGUUUGGCUCCACCCACGUCGUCGGGGGUAGUCUGUCUGGGUCGUUGCCUGGCAUGAUAUAUGCCAGUUCCUUCGACUUGUCCAGCACCCUGGCCAAGAACGAUUACUUCAGCGACAUCAAUCCUCGCAGCAUGCGCAGACUCAUGAACAUCGUGGCUGUUACAGCUCGUUUAUUAAGAGCCUAUAAUAUCGACUUCAAAUGGCACAGACUUGCAGCCUGGAUCAACUUGACUGAGCAGUGGCCUUACCGCCUGUCAUGGAUCAUUUAUUUUUUUGAAGAAGCAGAGUUUGUAGAGAACAGUGCUUCUCUGUACUCUCUGUACAAGCGCAUCGCACCCAGGAUCCCGGCCACUAAGGAGCAGGACCCAUUGCUGGAGAUAGACAGAAAUGUCCGUAAGUUAGAAGCUAGCUUGACUUCGAAGUCUGGAAACUUUCCACUGCUGAAUGUAGCAGAUCUGAAGAAGUUUUUACCUUGCACCAUCAACUUGGAUCCUUAUCUGCGGAAACUGAUACGAGAAACCCAACACAACCUGGAACGCCACCAGGCAGAGAUGGCUACACUCGGAGGUGUCUACCCUCCUCCUCCACCACCUCCUGCAUCUGGGAACCUCAUCAGAGAUCAUUCCCAUGAGCGCCAAGGCCUGCUGUCAUCGCCAGGCCGCUACAGCACCAACUUGCACCAGCACCAGCCAUUGAUUUAUGGCAUGUAUGGGCCACAGCCCAUGUAUGGACCACAGCCCAUGAUGCCUUACUCUGGGGGCAUGCCCAACCCUCACUUCAUGCCCACAGUUCUGCAGGCCCAGCAGGCUAUGAUGACCCAGCAGCAGGCAAUGAUGACCCAGCAGCAGGGUGUAAACUUGCCAGUAGCUGUAGGAGGGACAGCAGGUCCGGCGCUGAAACAUCCCAAAGAUUUCUUUACUGAAUAUACUCGACCAGUGAUACUAUCAAAAUGCACGGUGGAGGAUAUCUGCAAUUUAUUGGUGCGGCUGAAAGGUCUGAGUCCCAGCUACAUCAAGCAGUACCAGGCAAGCAUCAGAGAUAAUAACAUAUCAGGUCUUGUUCUAACUAUGUGUGACCUUGCUGAACUGCAACCGGUGAUCAACAUGCGGUUUGGAGACUGGCAGCUGUUCCGCAACGCCAUAAAUUCGUUGAUCAACGCUGAGAGCCAGCAGACAACUUUGCAGGAGGAAAACAUCAGUGACAAGGCAGACACUUCUUUGAAUGUUCAAAACGUUCCCACUUCUCAGUCAAACACAGCGUCUAGUUACAGCGAAGCAUUCUCCUCACCCAGCACACGUAUAAACUGUGGCAGCAGAAGCUUGAGCUUGCAGGAGUCUGGGAGCGUAAGGUAUACACCAGAACUGCGGAAGAUAAGGGAGCGGAAAAUGAGGAGAAACGACAGUAUUGUGGAGCAGCUGACAUAUGAGACAGCCAUCUUGAAAUCAGCAGUGUCUGGGUUUGUGGAGGAGUCUGAAGAUGAGGAAGAGUAUGAGGAAGAUGGACAGACGUCUGUCUUAGAACGUUUGGAUGAACUUGAGGGUGAGAAUGUUGGGGAAGAUGUUGGUAGAAACAGUACACGUGGCAUGUUUAUGAUUGGUGGCGAUAGCCAUCCUUCAAGCCCAGAAAGCAAAGCUCCUUCCCCAAGCAGUGUUGGGGUGACAUUCACAGUCUCUGACAGCCAUGAAGCUUUGAACCCUGUUGGGGAUACUUCAUCCUCCACACCACAGUCAGGAGCACUACCAAAUGUUUAUAGACCACAGCUUACCAGUAGUGGACCCGAACAGACACAGUCCGAAAUAUUAUUGCCACCUGCCCCUCUUGCAAGAAUGUUGCCUUCAAGCUACAAAGAAUUCAAACAGCCUUUGUCUAUGAACGACAUUGCACAGUAUAUAACAGUUCUGGAUGGACCCAAGAAAAGUAAUGGCCCACAAGGUUCAGGAGAGUUUGUUCCAUUGUUGGGCAGCAUACAGCUACAUCCAUCACCCCCUAGUUCAUCUGAGUUUGUACCUGUAUCCAGGUACCCUUCCAGAGCACUAGGCCAACAGCUGAACAUGCAGGUCUCUUCAGAACCAGAUAUUCCUGCAUCUACAUCUUCAGACAUUUCAGCACUGCAGAGCAUGUAUUCUGUCUCUUCAUCUCAUGAUCAGCACUUUCAGCCCUAUCAGCAGUCUGUUACAGCAAGGACUGCCACCUCGGUACCUGACAUAAUUGGCCCCGGUUCUUCAGCUGUAUUGCCGUAUUCCUUCCACGAAACUUCCCCGCAUUUAUCCCGGGCAUUAGCCAUUGACAAAUCAGACUCUGACACCACAUCAGAGGGAGACCAGUCUUCUCCAGCAAAACGACCUCUGCAAGCUAUUUCCACCAGUUUAGAACGGCUAGCCAGGCCCAUCCUUGGACACUUCAGACAGCACUUCCAGCAAGGCUCAGUUGAUGACGCCAGGAGAGGAUCACUCACUGGGCACGUGGUGUCCUUUGAUAGCGAGCCUCUGAUUGAACUGGAGACACGAGUCCCCAGUGAGGAUCUCCCUGAGCAUGAAGAUUUUGUCCAGCACUCUUACAGUACAAUUGUGGAAAUGUCAGCAGCCGCCCAUGACCAUGAGGGUAGUUCUGACUUCCAUCAUGAUUUGGGAGAAGCAUUUGCUAUUAUGGACCAGUUACCAGAUAGCGAGCAUAGCUCUCCCGAUAGGGAAACUAAUGUCUAG